GACGUCCUGCUCCUUUUCUUUUUGUUUUCUGUUCUCUUCCUCCUCCUCCUCUUCUUCCCAUUCAGUCGCUUUCUUUUCGGCGGUUUCUUCUCUACUUUGCCACCCUUUCUUUCUGGCACGGUGAUGCCUGUCGGCGUGCAGCACUAUGAGGGAACCGUGCGUUUCAAAUAGGGUUUCUGUCCUCGUGCCAACUUGUGCAUGUAAAUGCUUUUCUUUUGCGUCUCUCCGUUAAUUCCCCGCAUGUCAUUGGGAAUAAGGAGGCGGGUCUUAUUCCUUUAGCAGGUCGGCAUCUUGGCUCAGACGUGCUCUUAAAAGGACAUUUGAACAGGUACGAGUUGUUUUUUUUACAGUAAGUAACUUAGAUCGUGCAGAACCUGCUCGCGUUACAGCAGGCGGUGGAUUUACAUCCACGGUGAAGGAAUACUGAUCACGGCUCUGACGUCGAGAGGAUUUUCAGAAUCUGCGUGUACAUUUUUGUUUAUUUGAGGGAUAAAAUCUGAUAUUUUGAAGCGAAGGAUGUUUGAUAUAUUUUUUUCUUCAUCCAAAGAGACUUUUCUUUUGGCAGAUUCCUUCCCUGGCUUUGCUUUCCUUUUUCUCUCUCCCGUUCCUCUUUUCAUUUUUGUACUUUCUGUUAUUUUCUUACUGCCCGGCAUGAAGACAACCCGUCUGCACUGAUCUCACUGGAGUCCACACCAAAAAAUGGGGACAUCAUAACGCCAGACAUUUAAGCAGGAUGGACUUAUCGGAUGUAUUCACCGCAAUGGCCACCACGCCGGCCACCUCACCACCAAACUCUUCUCUGGAGAGCGUCAACCAGACCUCCUCUUCCUCGGCCAGAUCUCCUCCUCUGCCUCCUCACUCGCUGGCGGCGUCGGUGCUCAUCGUGCUGGUGGUCAUGGUCAUCAUCCUGGGCACCGUGGUGGGGAACGCGCUGGUCGUGGUGGCGGUUUUCACCAGCCGAGCCCUGAGGCCGCCGCAAAACCUCUUCCUGGUGUCUCUGGCUUCGGCGGACAUACUGGUGGCCACGCUGGUCAUCCCCUUCUCGCUGGCCAACGAGGUCAUGGGCUACUGGUUCUUCGGCUCGAUCUGGUGCUCCUUCUACCUGGCCCUGGACGUCCUCUUCUGCACGUCCUCCAUCGUCCACCUGUGCGCCAUCAGCCUGGACCGCUACUGGUCCGUCACCAAGGCCGUCAGCUACAACCGCAAGCGGACGCCCAAGCGAAUCAAGUCGAUGAUCAGCGUGGUGUGGCUCAUAUCCAUCGUCAUCUCCUCCCCGCCGCUCCUCAUGACGCAGAAGGAGGAGGACCCGGGGACGGCGGAGAAUGCCGGCGGCCGGAGGCAGGAGUGUCUCCUCAACAACCAGACGUGGUACAUCCUCUCCUCCUGCCUUGUGUCCUUCUUCGCGCCAUGCGUCAUCAUGAUACUCGUGUACUGCAAGAUCUACCGCGUGGCAAAGCAACGGGCCUCCACCGUGUUCGUGGCGAAGAACGUGGUGGAGCGCCAGCCAUCGCAGUCCGAGACCUGCUUCGAGGGCAACGGCGGAACCUGCCAAAGGGAAGGGGCCGGCUUCGGUGGCGCGUCUCUGUACGAGCCGGAGACCCCGCGGCCCGCCAACCGACGCAGCUCCUCCAACGUGGAGAGCAGCAGCAGCCGGAGGGACGAGCUGGACGGCAUCGACUUGGAGGAGCGCAUCGGCGAGGCCGAGGCGAGAGCGUCCGCCUCGCUGUCCUCGGGGCUCCGCUUCACCAGGAGGGCCGGCGGGAGCCUGAGGACGACGGGGGAGGGGGAGAGGGCGCCCAACGGGUUGAGGCCUCCCUCCCACCUCCCACCCGCCUGCGCCACCAUCUCGUGGGCGUCGUCCGAGAGCUGCUCGCACCACCUCCUCCUCCCGUCCCCGGUGGCGCUCCGCAGCCGGCGGACGACCCUGUCCAAGAACAAAGUGGCGCAGAUGAGGGAGAAGCGCUUCACGUUUGUCCUGGCGGUGGUGAUGGGGGGUUUUGUCCUCUGCUGGUUCCCGUUCUUCUUCACUUACAGCCUCCACGCGCUCUGCAGAGACAGCUGCACCAUCCCCGGCAAGCUCUUCAACCUCUUCUUCUGGAUCGGCUACUGCAACAGCUGCCUGAACCCCAUCAUAUACACCAUCUUCAACCGAGACUUCAGGAGGGCCUUCAAGAAGAUUCUAUUCCACACUCAUAAGGGGACAUAAUGCCAGUGUGUGCGUGUGUGUGUGUGUCUAUGGGAGAGGGAGUGUGUGUGCGUGAGUGGCAUCGCACAGAAACCAACACAAAUGUGUGCGCACGCGGUUUUAAUCCUGUUUUCCACUGUGCUGUCAUACCGACAUUAAAGGGCUUGCCACACAG